AGUACAUUAAUAUUCCUAUCUUGUAGCAGUACAGUUGUUGUUCUUGUAGUGUGAGCAGUAACUAUACUAUAUUUUAUCUUCAAUUAUAAUAAUGGAAUCAAUCAAAAAUGACUUUAUGAGGAGUCCAGUUGGCAAAGGACUUGAAAAGCUAAGAAAGAUGGAUCCGAUAUCUCCGUUCAGAUCUCCAAUAAGAAAGUCUGAUUUUGAGGCCUUGAGCCCUGGGAAUAUUAAACAGUGGGGGCAGAGCUUAUCCUUCACAAACAAGCGGAAUCCCGGCGAGGAAAUGUCGUCUUUAUCCCUGAAGUUACGAGUUGAACCCCAGUUGAAGAUUCGAAUUAUGGAGGAGACAGUUUCACCUUGUCCUACCGAGAAAAAAGGGCAGCAACAAACCAAACCACUGAGAAACAUUUUAACUGAAUCUUUAAGAGUUAAACGAACAAAACGUAAGCUCAAUGUUUUGAACGAGGAUCGUGUUUAUGAGCCGAUUGAUUUGAGUGUGGAUCUCUGUGAUAAGUUGGAUGAGCGUGUAACUAAAAUCCCCAAAUGUGAUAUUUUCUCUGGCGGCCAUUUUGAAAAUCCCACGGGCGCAGCUGAUGUCAUGCUGAAACUUCACAAUCUGGGAACAGAAGAGGAUUCUUCUAAAAUAUUAAUGAAAAAUUCUGAAUUAUCCGCUUCUUUUAUGCCCAAAGGUGCGGACGAACUUAAGAUAAAAAGUUGUUGAAAAAUUAUUCCAAUGUUUUAAAAAUGCACAAUGCAUUUAAAAUUCCUGUUUAGAUUACUAAGUAAUCACUAAUGAAAAAUGUAUAAAAAUGUUAUCCCUCAUUAGUAAAAUGCAUAUAUAAUUAUAUAUGGAAUGAUUUAUUCUGUAUUAUUCUAUUUUUUAAAUUUUACUUUAAAGGGAUUAAUUAUUACCAGAAGUCUAGAACAUGAUAAGUAACAACUUUUAAGUUAUUUAAUUUUAUCCAGAAACAAAUUGAGUCUACUUAUUUUUUAUUUAUACUUAACUACUAUAAAUUUUAAAUGGUAGAAAAGUUGUUUAUCAAAGAGAGGUUCAUAAAAAUGUUGGCUUAAAAUCCCUUUUUAGCUGUUUUAUGUUGCUUAGUUUUAUAUAUUUUAUAAUGUAAAUACUGACUUGUACAGUAAAAUAAAUGUUGAGUAAUAAUA